GGAGCCAGACCAGGCGGGACAGCAGGCGGGCGGGAACAGGAGUCUCAGGAACCUCCCAGCGCCCACACCAAGGCUCUGGGGUUGAGGCGCUGGGAACAAAGCAAGGCUGGCCAAGUCGGGCAGCUCUGCCUCCUUCCCUGGGCCUCGGCUGGAGCCAGCAGCUUCUCCGGCGUCCCGCUGGGACUGCCGCCAGUGACCCAGCCGGCCUUGCUUCACUGGAGCUGAGCUGAGCCAGAGCAGAGUUUCAGCUGGGGCGGGGGGACAUGCGCCUCUCCAGGGGCAGGCGGAGGUGAGGGCCGGCAGCCGGACUCCGCAGUGGCCAUGUGGGCCCUGUGCUGUGGGGCCUCCUGGCUGCUGCUCCUGUGCUGCUCUUGUCAGGUGCGAGGAGUGCAGCCCCGGGCCCAGGACCACCCAGGGUUUGCGGUCCUGGCUUCCGCUUCCCACUAUUGGCCGCUGGAAGAUGUGGAUGGGAUCCAGGAGCUUCAGGACAGGACUGAAGCACUGCGAACUCACAACCUCACUGUGUUCCCCUCCCACACCUCCACCUUUGUGCCCACCAAUGACUCUGCCUACUCCAAUCUCUCUGCAACCGUAGACCUCAUGGAGGCAAAGGUCAACAAGAGCAUUUACCUCAGGGAGGAGAAGGGGGUGACCCUGCUCUUCUACAACAGCACCUCCUGCAUCAGCAGCCCCGAGCGGUGCAGCGUGGAGGGGGUCACCUUUUCCUUCUUCUGGAAGACCCAAGGCGAGCAUGCCCGGCCAGCCCCUUCUGCAUACGGGGGACAGGUACUAUCCGAUGGCUUCAAGGUCUGCUCCAGCGGCAGCCGGGGCUCUGUGCAGCUGUACACGCGUGGAGACUUCACGACCUGGGAAGCUGCCUUCAGCCCACUAGGUCCCUACUGGACUCACAUCCUGUUCACGUGGAAAUCCAAGGAGGGCCUGAAAGUCUAUGUCAAUGGGACCCUGAGCACCUCUGACCCCCGUGGGAAAGUGUCGCACGACUAUGGGGAGCCCAACGCCAACCUCGUGAUAGGGUCAGAGCAGGACCAGACCAAGUGCUACGAGGAUGGCGCCUUCGAUGAGUUCAUCUUCUGGGAGCGGGCACUGACUCCAGCGGAGAUCCGCAUGUACUUCUCAGCUGCUGUGGGAAAGCAUGGUUUGCUGUCUUCCACCCUGCCCAGCUUCGUGACCCUGAUGGCCAGCACUGCGGUGCCCACAAAUGCCUACCUUCCCAUCAUAACCAACCUGACAGAGGAGAGAUGGAGCAUCCCACCAGCCAGAACUGCACUGAGCUACCUUCAAAAUGUGUCCCUCAGCUUACCCAACAAGCCUCUCUCAGAGGAAACAGCGCUGAAUCUCACAGAGACCUUCCUGUGGGCCGUGGGCCAGGUACUGCUGCUGCCCAGCUGGACCGUGGUGUCAGAGCAGGACACGUUCCUGGUGCCUGGCCUCAUCGACACCAUCGACACUGUCAUGGCCCACGUGUCUUUCAACCUGCAGGGCGGCGGGCCACAGGUCACCCUCGCGGGCUCCUCUCCUGUAGCAGACUUCUCCUUGGCCAAGCUCCUCCCAGGAGCCCUGAGUGCAGCUCACUACCGCUUCCCUGCCCACGGCGACAGCUACAUUGAAAUUCCAGGCCAGGCCCUUCACAGCCAAGCCUGGACCACCGUCGUGGGCCUCCUCUACUACUCCGUGCACCACUACAUGAGCAACAUCCCCCUGGCCAGCACUGCGAUUCCCCCGGGGGUGAGCUGCAGAGAUGGCCUGCUGUCCGCUGCCAGCCCUCUCAUCUCACUGGAGAUGCACCCCCCGCCCUCACUCUCCCCAAACCUCUCCGGGUCCCCCCUGGUCACCGUGCACCUCAGACACAGGCUGACCAGCAAGCAAAACAUCGAUGCCACCAACGGCAGCCACCAUGCCUCCCUGCACUGUGCCUUCCUGGACUUCAGCUCCGGGCAAGGCGUGUGGUCGAGCCAGGGCUGUGCGCGCGUGGAAGGAAACCUGUCCUACUCUGUCUGCCGCUGCACACACCUCACCAACUUCGCCAUCCUCAUGCAGGUGGUCCCACUGGAGCUCCCGCGUGGACACCAGGUGGCGCUGUCCUCCAUCAGUUACAUCGGCUGUGCGCUGUCCGUGCUCUGCCUGGCUGCCACGCUUGUCACGUUCGCUGUGCUGUCCUCAGUCAGCACCAUCCGGAACCAGCGCUACCACAUCCACGCCAAUCUGUCCUGCGCUGUGCUGGUGGCCCAGGUCCUCCUGCUCAUCAGCUUCCACGUGGAGCCUGGCACGGUCCCCUGCCAGGUGCUGGCCACGCUGCUGCACUACUUCUUCCUGAGCGCCUUUGCCUGGAUGCUGGUUGAGGGGCUGCACCUGUACAGCCUGGUGAUCAAGGUGUUUGGCUCAGAGGGAAGCAAGCACCUCUACUACUAUGGCAUAGGAUGGGGCCUCCCCCUGGUCAUCUGCAUCAUCUCUGUCUCCUUCGCCAUGGACAGUUAUGGGACAAGUGACAACUGCUGGCUGUCUCUGGGGACAGGCGCCAUCUGGGCCUUCGUGGGCCCUGCCCUGCUGGUCAUUGUGGUCAACAUUGGCAUUCUCAUUGCGGUCACCAGGGUCAUCUCCCACAUCAGCGCCGACAGCUACAAGAUUCAUGGGGACCCGGGCGCCUUCAAGCUGACAGCCAAGGCUGUGGCCGUGCUGCUGCCCAUCCUGGGGACCUCGUGGGCGUUCGGCGUGCUGGCUGUCAAUGACCAGGCCCUGGUCUUCCAGUACAUGUUUGCGGUGCUCAACUCCCUGCAGGGCGGCUUCAUCUUCCUCUUCCACUGUCUCCUGAACUCCGAGGUGAGAGCCGCCUUCAAGCACAAGACCAAGGUCUGGUCUCUCACAAGCAGCUCGGCCCGCACCGUGGCUGGGAAGCCGUUCAGCUCAGACACUAUGAACGGGACCCGCCCAGCUACGGCCUCUGCCAAGCUGGGCCCCUGGGACAAGAGCAGCCACUCCGCCCAGCGCGUGGACCUGUCCACUGUGUGAGAGCUCAGAGCAAGUGCACUUGAUGUGGCAUGGGACACAUGACUCUGCCCUGCUGCCUUCCAUGACCAAAGCCCACACACAGGCUGCGUGGCCCACGGCAUGGGGCCCUCGGUCCUGGGUGUGCCUGGGGCACUACGACACCAAAAACAGCCCCUCCAUGUCCACACACAGAGCACAGGAGCCCAUGAGGCUGUGGCAUGGGGUGUGCAGGUCUCUCCAGGGUGAGGUGGCGGGGCAGCCUCCAUCCUGGCCAUGUACACGUCCUGUCCUCUGUGCACACUGGGGUCGCUGGCCCUGUCCGCAGGGUCCAUGCCACCCUCUUGUGAAAACCACUGCCAAUGGCCCGGGCUUUGGGCGAUGCAGGCUCCAUGGUGGGGCUGCCCUGUCCCAUGAGCUCUGCCUUUCUGGACUGAGCAGCUUAGGUCCCCUCCCAGCACCAGCCAGCCUGCCCUUCCGGCUGCCUGUAGCCCACUGCCUUCUGCAUGCCCUCCUGAGACCAGACCAUGGUCUCCUGGCCUGGCCGCCCGCAGAGCUGCUUCCCUGAUCAUGGCCGGGGAAGGCCGGCCACCCUUCCCUCUUGGAGACCCCAGUCCAGCUCUCUGGGGUGACACCGCCUGCCAAACUGGGCUCUGUGUCAGCCUGGGAAAGGAGCACCGUGACGGCUUGGUGGACAGGUCACGCCUAUGUACACCGCGGGUGCUGGAUGGAGGCAGUGCGGCAUCCACUGGAAACCCCACUUUACACUGUGACCCCGACUUUACUGCAUCCCUUCUCAGCCACACCUGCUUUGCUCCCAAGUGAAGUUUCACAGCUCUGUGGACAUUUUCUGCCUCAGUCAUCUGGUGGCUUUUUAAAAAAUAAAUCACUUUCUCACGAUGGAGCCCAGGGCCUCAUGCAUGCCCUGCACAUGUUCCACCCGAGCUCAGGAGGCCUGGUGGCCGAGGGCAGCCUGCCCAAGGGGCCUCCGCCCUCUGCCUGCUGUGGGACAGAACCCUCCCUGCCCUGCAGCAGGGAGGCCACAAGGAGGGGUAGCCAAGGCUGCCCGAGACCCGCCUCGGGCUGAGCCCCAUUCGCAGCGGUCAUGGCCCAGGCCACCUGUGGUGCCCAGGUCACCCUGCGGCCCCUCACACCCUCUCCCCAGUCCUGAGGCGGCCCUUGGGGCACGGCCACAGUCUGAGUGGAGGGCUUCCUUUCCCACCUCUGUACAUCACCCCGUGUAGCUCAUACAUCACCAGCCACAAAGAGAAUGCAUCCAGGCCUUUUGUUUCUGAGGACGGGCACUGUGCACUUUAUUUAUAGGCUGUAGACCCUGCCUUCUGCGGUACUUUGCUAUCUGUACUGAUCUGCCCAGAAGUGAGAAAUUGGGGGAAUGGUGUGUUUAAAGUAGUGCAUAGCAUGGGCAAGAUGAUGAAU